AUGCCUCGGCCUGGUGGCAUUGGAUUUGUUUCGGAUCCUCAGUUGCUUCCAAGGAUCCGUGAUUUUAAGAAUUCCAACCAGUACCUGGAUGCUGAAGAUAUUGCUUCAGGUUUAAAGGGGAAAUAUCCAGAGUACAAUCGGAAGAAGUUUCGAGACCUAGUGAAGUUGGUGAGGUUAGGAAUAGAAAGACUUGAAGCUGCUGAAAGAAAUAAAACAGGAUUAGGGUCCUUAUCUUCUAUUAAUGAGCUUGAUGAUAGGCAGAUUAGUGAAUCGAAGGAUGGCCGCAAAAGAAAGCUGCAUGGCAGUAAUAGUGAACCAGUUAUUACAGUUGAAAGCAAUAAUUCGGAUUCUGAGGCUUCGAGUUCGUUUGAAUACCCGAAAUUGAAUACGGCUAACAAGUCGCUGCUGAAAUUAUAUGGUGCCAAAGUGGGCAAGUCAUCGACGGGACCAGAACACAAACGAGUCAAACAAGGAACCAGUUUGUCGGAGAAAAAAGAAUUUGGCGUCAAUAAACUAAAUGUUCUUGUGAGGAGACCAUCCGUUAAUUUCUCAGACCUUGGAGGAUGCGAGAAGCAGUUCUUAGAUGUGUGUCGCCUUUCAAUUCAGCUGAAACAUCCAGAAGUGCACAGACAACUCGGUGUAGCACCACCACGUGGCCUUCUGCUUCACGGACCUCCUGGAUGUGGUAAAACACUGUUUGCUGAAGCUGUUGCUGGAGAACUUGGCUUACCAUUUCUAAGCGUUGCAUCAACAGAGCUUGUGGCGGGGAUUUCUGGUGAAUCCGAGGAAAAAAUACGUUCGCUAUUUUCCCUGGCGUUAGAAAAUGCACCCUGUAUACUUCUACUUGAUGAGAUUGAUGCUAUUGCUCCUAAAAGGGAGAGUACAACUCGGGAAAUGGAAAAGCGCAUUGUUUCACAACUUAUCUCGUGUCUUGACGAUUUAUAUAAACCAUUUGCACAGAGACAGGAGCAGAAGUCACUUGAAUGCGAUGAGACUGAUUCAGUUUUCCACCAACUUCGGCAUGUUUUGGUGAUAGAACUGUUAUUCUCACGAGCGAAAGAAGUUCCAGACACCUUUUUUAUGCUGGUGAUUUUUGACGUUGGUUCUGUAGGUACUACGAGUCGCCCUGAUAGUAUCGAAUCAGCACUGAGAAGGGCUGGUCGGUUUGACAAGGAGGUGGCCUUGGGUAUUCCGGAUGAGAAGGCUCGAACCGCAAUCCUUCAAAUUGUUUGCCGAGGGAUUCGUUUGGAAGAGGAUUUAAAUAUGGUUAAACUAGCCAGAUUAACGCCAGGGUACGUCGGUGCUGAUCUUAAGGCACUUGCUCGUGAAGCUGCUAUGUGUGCUGUGAAUAGGGUUCUUGGCACUGUUGUAAAUUCACUGAAUAAACAAAGCAAGAAGUCUGCCGAAGAAGUAAAAGAAGAGGUUGGGAAAAUGCUGCUUUGGUUAAAAGAUACGAAUCCAGUUGAAGAAGAUCAGCUUUCCUCCUUGUUUGUCACCUUCGCAGAUUUUGAAAAUGCUUUGGAGAUAGUGCAUCCAUCGGCAAAACGCGAGGGAUUUGCCACAGUUCCAGAUGUAACUUGGAGCGAUAUUGGUGCCUUGACAGAAGUCCGCGAGGAACUACUUUGGAGUAUUUUGGCACGUUUUUUAUACCCUAUUAAAAGGCCUGAAGAUUUUGAAGUUAUUGGUCUUAAUAACCAGCCGCAGGGCGUUUUGUUGUGUGGUCCUCCAGGAUGUGGCAAAACUUUACUUGCCAAAGCAGUUGCGAAUGAAACUGGUAUGAACUUUAUUAGUGUGAAGGGCCCAGAACUGCUUAGCAUGUAUGUGGGUGAAAGUGAAAGAGCCGUCAGAACUGUCUUCCAACGUGCUCGAGAUUCCUCUCCCUGCGUUAUUUUUUUUGACGAAAUUGAUGCUCUUUGUCCUAAGCGUUCGAGCAAUGAGACAUCGGGAAGCGCUCGACUAGUCAAUCAGCUCUUGACAGAAAUGGAUGGAGUUAAUAGCCGUAAGCAAGUAUUCCUUAUAGGAGCAACUAAUCGUCCAGAUAUUGUGGAUCCAGCUAUAUUGCGCCCUGGCCGUCUUGAUAAGAUUCUUUUUGUCGAUUUUCCGGAUGUUGCCGACAAAGCGGAUAUUUUGGAGAAGUUAACCUUAAGUCGCACGAGGCCGCACAUAUCGCCGGAUGUUUCCUUUUCUGAAAUUGCUUCAAAUCCAGCAUUAGAAUGGUUCACAGGGGCAGACCUCGCUGCUUUAGUGCAUGAAGCAAGCAUUAUAGCUCUGAAGCAGAGAAUAGCAGAUGGAAAUGUAAAUCUCAUGGCUGUAGACAAGGAACAUUUUCUUUCUGCAAUGCAGAUAGUUAAACCUUCUGUUUCUGAAAAAGAUAGAAAAAAUUACAUGCAUUUGAAGUCAUUGUAUGGUCAUUGUAGAAAAUAA